AUGUUAUUACUAUUACUAAUACUUAUACUAAUCCAAACGGCAAUAGGUGUAUUACCAGACCCCAAUCCAAGCCAUUUAGACAAACCCAUUUUGAAGGUAACAACCAAAACUCAUGAUAAAACAAUUAUGAUUAAUACCUUACAAAGUGUUGCAAGCAACAUUUCUGUUACAGCAAUGAGUCAUGUUGGUGUUGCCAAAUGGUCAUCUACAGAUAUGAGACAGUGCAUUGAAGGUUCAAAUAUUAAAUAUUACAUUCGUCUGAUUAGAUUGAGUGAUCGGGAUUUUAUAGCCAGUGAAUGCCGUACAAAUAUAAACCCACGAUUCCAAUCAAUUUUGCAACCCACCAACAAUAUACAUAACUUAAUUUUAAGAGACGAUAAUGCUAUUGAUUCACAAUUGAAAGCUAAUUUAAUGGACGAGUUUGGUGGGUAUUACCAGUUCAAAUCUAUCAAGUUUAAUGAUUUUCAGAAUAACAUGAAUUAUGAUUUGCAAUGCGUGAUAGAUUAUCAACAAUUGAUGCAAGUGAAAUUCAAAGAAACGGUUGUGGAAGUCAAUCUUGAGAAAAGAGUAGAAGUAUCUGAUGAUUGUCAUUUUGAUAAGCUCAAUCCAAACUUCCAAGGAACAUCAGUUGAUUAUGUUACUACGUUUCUUCCUGUUAAUGGGACGUUUUACUGUCAAAAGGGAAAAACAUACACUUGCAAUAGGACCAUUGCUGAGACCAAGAACGCUAGAUUUAAGUUGCCUGAUUAG